AUAUGUCCAUCCUAGAGCAUAUAACCUGAUCCAUUUGGGUUGCGAUAGCGAUAGAAGACAAGAAACAAUAGACGUGAAUUAGUUAGUUUCACCUACUCCAUAUAGCGAAUUCAGCCAACUGAGAGAAUUAUUUAAUACUUAAGUUGGUGUUUAAGAGUGAACGAAUGAACGGUUACAAGUCACAGGUCCACCAACUGGUGGUUAAGGGUUUGAACCCAUAAUUUCAAGCAAACUAAACAACCACCUCUAUUUUCUUAAUCCAUCUCCCACACGUGACAAUCUCAACAAUGUUUUAAUAAAUAGGAUGUUACGGAUUCGAAUGCGCGUCUCAGUAUCUGAUGUUUCUGCAUAACUAUCAACUAAUCUACGUGGCUUGGGAGUAGUAAUAGUUAUAGUUGGUGUUGCAACAUUUAAUAUUAUUAUUUAUGUAAUUGGUUGGUACCGUUCUUCCAAUCAUAAGCGGGUCGGUUCCUCUUUUUGUUUCAAAUCAAAAACAUAUCUCUUGUUCCAAUUCUUGUUUCUCUACCUCUGUUUUUCAUCUCCCCUUCGAAAUAGCUGAGGUGGUGUUGCAUGCUGAGUUCAUUGUCACCAAGCCGAAUUGUGUCUCAAUCCUGAGAAUUGGAAGAGAUAUCAAGCUGAUUUCAUUCUUGUGAAAAGACCGGAAGUGAGGUUGUUCUUGUUUGUUCAAGUACUUUUCGAUGUAUCCCAACCAUUCAUUCUCAUCAGGGUCCUAUGCGGAUAUGUUCACCGCGAGCCCUCUGUUACCUCACAACUACUACAAUGAAUCUGUAGGAGAACAAAAUGAGACAGUGACUAUGCAGUCCAUUGAUCAACAUUCCAAUCCUUGCAACUCUCAUUUAGAUUGUGAGCAAAAUAUGCAAUGCCAAGGGUUAUCUCUUAGUCUAGGGACACUAUUGCCUUCUACAUCAUCUAUCCCUCCGUUUCAAUACCCAUAUCACGACACUGGUUUUGUAUCACUGAAGAAUAAUUCUUGUCUUCCAAAGGGACCUAUAAUGUCUAAUGAUGAUCCGUUGAAAAGUGCUGAAUGUAUGGCAUCUAUAUCUUGUGGAGGCGGCUUUCAUGACAUUACCAAACAGGAAAGUUUUCACGACUAUCACUCUUCAGAUCAAUUUCUGCAGGGCUCGUCGUCGGGAUUUUCUAACAUUUUCUUAAACCCCCAAUAUCUUAAGGCUGCACAGGAGUUACUUGAUGAGCUUGUUAAUGUCCGAAAGCAACGUGGAAUGGGAAAACAAGAAAAAAUCCGCGACAUUGGAUUAAAUAACUCCAAAGACACGGAUGGAAAAUCUACUAGUCAGUCUAUGCAAAUAUCUUCAGGCCCUAAUGAUUCUAAUUCCAAUCCUUCUAGUCAAUUAUCCUCGGCAGAAAGGCAGAAUUGGUUGGAUAAGAAGACAAAACUUCUGUCCAUCUUGGAUGAGGUUGAUAAGAGAUACAGACAAUACUGUCAUCAAAUGCAGAUUGUGGUGUCAUCUUUGGACAUCGUUGCUGGUUGUGGAGCAGCAGAACCAUAUACUACACUUGCAUUGCGAACAAUUUCGCGCCAUUUUCGUUGCCUGCGUGACGCAAUCAGCAGCCAAAUUCAAGUGAUUCAAAGGAACCUUGGGGAACAAGAAGGAAUUCCUCGUCUCCGGUAUGUUGAUCAACAGCUUAGACAGCAAAAGGAACUUCAGCAGCUUGGUGUUAUGCGGCACGCUUGGAGGCCUCAGAGAGGACUUCCUGAAAACUCCGUUUCAAUACUCCGUGCUUGGCUCUUUGAGCAUUUCCUUAAUCCUUACCCCAAGGAUUCAGAGAAAAUAAUGCUAUCUAGGCAAACUGGUUUAACAAGGAAUCAGGUGGCGAAUUGGUUCAUUAACGCGCGUGUGCGUCUUUGGAAACCAAUGGUUGAGGAAAUAUACAAAGAAGAAUUUGGUGAUUCUGAGAUAAACUACAAUAAUUCAUCUGAAAAUCCACUCAUGCAAGGUAAAAGAGAUUAUUAUACUGAAGAAAUUGAGUCACAGGACAAUGUACAAACUAUUACUAUUGAUAGCGUACAAGCCUGUUCCACUAAAGAACAUGUAGAAAAAAAUGUGAUGGAUUAUGAAAGUAGAAAAUUGCAUGGUGGUAACAAAAGGUUCAGCUUGAAAAAUGGCUUUUAUUCAGAAAUAACUUGUGAUACUGCCACAUAUGAUUUAUCAGAGUUGGGUGGUGGCCACCAACAACAACAACAACAUGUCUCUCUUUCAUUGGAGUUGAGGAACUGUGAAAGCGAUGGGUUAGUCAUAUCAGAUGAUGCCAAUCACAAAAGACACAACAACAAUAAUAAUAUUAAUAAUCAGAUAUUGUCUUCUUCUUCUUCACAGAGUACUGAUAUGCUAGACUAUCAUUUCACAGAUUCAGGAAAGCAACAACACAGGUUUGGCAAUACUCAUUUGUUGCAUGAGUUUGUCGUAUGAAAUCUACCAAAGAUAUUUUUAUUUUUUACUAUGACAAUGAUUUUAAAGGUAUCUCUGGAAAGGUGUACUUUCACACAAAGAUGAAAGAGAGAAAAAGAAAAGCCUAUGCUGCUGUUUUCUUUUUCAUUCAUUCGCGUUGCCCUCAUUGUUCAUAAAAGUGAUGUAAUUCACUAACGUACAAAACAUACAGAUAGGUAUAUGUAUAUUUGUAGAUAUUCAUUUUUCAUUUGCUUGUAAUAAUAAUAAUAUUACAGAUGAUUGGUUUCAUGAUAUCUGCAGGCAAUUUUUUGUAAAAGGAUAAGGAACAUGUCUCGUGCAUUAAUGUUGUAUAAGAAAUUAAAUUUUGUGUGGAAAAAAUUGGUAACAUGUACGAUGUGAA